GUAAAUUUUCUCACCCGUCGUCGUCGGUUCGGUGGGUACUCUCUCGUUGUUCCAAGCAUUUUGAAUGUCCCUUUUUUUUAAUUUAUAAUUUUUAUUUAAGUUAUUUCUAUUAUUUGCAAUCAAAAAUUAGUUAUUUAAAUAAUUUUCGUAUACAAAUAAAUCAUUUGUGUAUUGUUUCCAAAAUACAAUAUUGUUUUUUGUUUAACAAAAAAAGAAAAUAAAACCCAACAAACAAAAUGGAAGAAUUGAAAUCAAAUUUACUACAAACAAUAAAUCGCGCAAAAAAAUGCGAAACCGACUGGGAAAAUGAAAUAAAAUUGAUACAAAUGAAAAUGCAAGAAGUAUUGUUUGGGCCGACAGAUGCAACAGCAAACAUCUCGCAAAGUCUGACUUCGGCAUCAGCACCAUCAAUUGCCGCAUCUCCACAACAAAUGAAGAAGCGCCCUAAACGCUUAUCAGCUGUCGUUGAUAAAGAUGAAGAUAGUGAUGAUUCCCAAAGGCUAUCAUUAAAGAGUCUUGCAUCUGAAAUUGAAGCUGUUGUCAAUGAGACAAUUCCUUCAGAAACAAUUCAAAAAACCUCAAAAGCAAAUGUUCAACCUGAGCCAGAACCGGAACACAUUUUUGCACGUCCACAGCGAGCUGCCAAGUUGAAAGUUGAUAAUUUCAAAGAACCAUCGUGUAAUGCCAAGUUGAGACGUCCAGAUAAUCCAAAUGAGACGGCUAAAAAAAUUAAAAAAGAAAAUGAAACUCGUCCUUCACAAAUUGUUCCAAAGAAGUCAUCAAGAUCGAAUAAAUCUCAAACAGAUGCCAUGGAAACUUCAAAUGUUUCAGUUUCAAGUGUUAAAAAGGUAGUAGAUGAAUCUCUAGUUGUUGUUGCUGACAAAGAAGCACCAAUUGUUGAUAUUUUGUCUGAAGAAGAAGAUGCUUCUUCAACAUCCAGUGUGGUCUCCAAAAAGAAAUCCAAAAAAGAUCAGUCAAAGACAGCAGUUAUCAAAAUCAAAAAGGAAAAACUUAGUUUUACUUCUGGUGUUGAAGAAAAUGAACAAACACCACCGAAUGUUGCUCCCGUUGUCACAGAACCACCAGUUGAAGUUUCAGUUGCUAUUCUUAAAAACGAAGCAACUGCAUUCACUGAAGAAACUCUUCAAACAACUACAACAAAUUCUGAUACUACAUCAACUGAUGCAAAUAGCGCCAAUGGCAAACGCACUCGAAAGAAGAAGGCUUUCAAUCAUCGCCCAAUCAAAGAAGAACGUCGGUAG